CCUCAACCUUUCCACGCUGACAGGAUGUUACGGGUUUUGCUGCUUACUCUCUCUGUAGUUGCUGUUGCUCAUGCUGAGCUCUGCAAGCCAGAUGCUCAGAAUGCUUUCAAAGUACGGCUUAGUAUCAAAACAGCUUUGGGAGAUAAUGCAUAUGCCUGGGAUGCUAAUGAAGAAUACCUCUUCAAAGCAAUGGUGGCUUUUGCAAUGAGAAGAUAUUCCAGCGAGAGCACAACUCAAAUUUCUAAUGUGCUGCUCUGCAAUGUGACGGAUCGGGUGUCGUUUUGGUUUGUGGUCACAGAUUCUUCAAAAAAUGUGACAACUGUUCCUGGAAGUGAGGUAGAGGCAGCCAUCAGGAUGAACCGGAACAGAAUCAACAGUGCCUUCCUACUGAGUGACAAAACACUGCAGUUCCUGAAGAUAACUUCAACCUUAUCACCUCCUGUUGAACCCUCCACGCCUGUUUGGCUUAUUGUAUUUGGUGUCGUUCUUUGUCUCAUUGUGGCUGGAAUUGUUUUCCUCGUUGUUGCAGGGAUUCAGCAACGCAAGAAAAAGAAUAAAGAGUCAACAGAGAGAGAGAAUUUAGAAGAGAAAGGUGAAGUGACAGUAACACUAGAAAAUGGGAUUCCUUGUGAAGCGCUGGAUUUAAAAGCAGGCCACAUUAAUGGAGUCUUUGCAGCAGACGAUGAACGGUUCACAUCCUUAUGAAAUGCUGCCAUUGCUAUCUGGCGUUUUUUUGAAAGACUCCUGUGCCUACCUUAUCUCGUCACUACUCCUGAAUGUCAAACAUGAAGAGAAGAAAAACAUCCUUUCACUUAAUUUCCCUCGAGAGAACCUUUUGCUGAUAACACAAACACUCGAACCUCCAUUACAAAGCUUUUGUUCAUGAGCAAAGCAAAUGAGAAGACCUCAAAUGAUAUCCAUUAAAGAUUUCCAGAAGAUGUGUGGCAGAAUAGGGUUGAAAUCUGCCUUGUAUCAGGCAUUUAAUUUUUAAUGA